GCCACCGCGCCGAGGCGCCCGGCCCGAGCCCAAGGGAGGGAAGGGGCGAGGAGGCGAGGGCUCGAGCUCGGGUGUGCGCCGCCCUUCACGUCACCGGAAAGUUCGCUUCAGUCGGCCGUCACGGUAGCACGCGGCCACUCAGCCGUCCGAGUCGACGACGUCGGACACACGACGCCACCGCGCUCACCACACUCCGGGCCCACCAGCAUGGCCCUCCCCAUCAGUGCGGUUAUGUUGCUGUCCCUCUGCGUGGUCAGACACCUGAGCACCACAGCUGCAGCUGCCGUCUCGACGACAAGCCAUGCCCAGCUGUCGUCCGCUCCAAAGGACAACCCCCUGCAGGGACCGUCGCCCAGCCACAACAAGCGGUACCACGCUAACCCCAAGACCUCCAUACUGGUGUCCGCCUUGCACUCGCCGGACUUGGCAACCAGCCCCAUGCUGCUGGUAGAUCUCUCCGCGCUCAGAAACCAUCAGUCUCCGACCGCCUUCAACGCCGACAUAAUGUACAACGACAACCCCAUCUCCCGUUCUUCGACGUCGUCGUCGUCCGGCGACUCGAGCGACACCUGGGACUACGACAGCAUGGCCGCCGACGAGCGGUACCCGAACCAGCGCUACCUCAACGAGAUCGGGGACAGCGAGAGACUGCUCGUCCCUUUCUUGCCGGAAAACACCGUGGGACUCCACUACGGCGGCGGUAUGCAGUUCCUCGAGGAUGUCCUCCAGCUGCAGCGCCAGAGUAGUCGCGAAGACGCCUUCAGCGACUUUAUCCGGGACAACUGGGGCGUCCGAGGGAAAGAGAAGAGAGGCGUUUUCGUCUCCCGAAGCUGGCUGCCGGGUGGACAUCCAGAGCCACAGAGAAGCCAGAAGGCUUCGCUCCGAAGACCCAGCGCCGCGAAGCACGUCGGUGCCAAGGCCCUGGACAUCCAAGAGCGACCGGCUUUGCCGCUCAUCUUCUCUUCUAAAGGGUGGCACGCGGGAGGACGCAAGAGGAACAUAUUCUUUUCUCGGGGCUGGGGUCCCGGUGGGCGACCCCUGGGGCUCAGGGAAGACGAUGGCAACAACAAAAAGUCAACUCUCCCGCACAGAGCAGAAGGCGUUCUUGCUUCAGAGUCCAUGGUGGACCAAGGAAAACAUUCGUCAAGGCAACUGCAAAAGCAACAGCCGAUGCAACACGUGCAGUUCCCGCGACGGUCCAUAGGCGGUGAAGACCGCACGGUCACGCAAGAAGCGGCAUCGCACGCGGUCGAUGCUUCUGGAGCUGUCAACAGCGAGCAUCGUCCGCGUCAAUGUCAGAAAAAUCUCUGGGCGAUACCGCACCUCUUCGGGCCCUAUUGGUGAACGCUUGCGGGUACGAGAGGUAAGGAAAGAAAAAAGGGUGGAGGCUCCGUGUGAUGCGAGUGAAAGGAAUACUCGAGAGGAAGAACGUGUCAAUUCGUACUUCGCCGAAUCCAGCACAGUCUGGUACAGAAUGCUCUACUUCCAUCCUACAAAACCAAAUGACUUUUAACGCAGCGAGAAAUGGUUUUAUCCCAGCAGUGAUCAAAUAAAUGACAUGAAGAUUCAGCUGACAGCCACAAAUGUGUUCUUGCAUGUCUUCAUCUUUUUGAUCAGUGCGCUACAUUUAAGAGAGAACUUCAACUGCUUCCUGUAGCACGCAUGUAAUGUGUGAUUGUCCUGCUUGUCAUUUUAUGUUGUCACUCCAGAUGAAUUGUACACAAAAGCUGUUCCACACCGUGCAUUAAAACAUGUCCACGUCA